AUGGAGUACUGUAAACGAAUCUGGCCACAGGUCUUCCCCGCCAAGGCCGCCCUGACUUCAGCCACUGUUCCGUCUCAAGUGGGCCGCGUGGUGAUCAUCACCGGCAGCACCGCAGGUAUUGGCCUGGCGCUGACACGGAUUUAUUAUGAUGCCGGAGCCACGGUUUACAUGGCCGCACGCAAUGAGACCAAAGCCCAUGCCGCCAUUCAAGCCGUCACCACUACCAGCACUUCGCAAACUCCCGGGACGAUCAAGUUCCUUGUAAUCGAUCUCUCCGACCUCCGUACAAUCAAACCCUUCGUCACGGCCUUUUUAUCGCAGGAAUCACGCCUCGAUGGCCUGGAGCCACACAUGGGCACCAAUUGUGUGGGCCCUUACUUGCUGACUGCACUGCUGUCGGAUCUUCUAGUCCGUACUGCUGCUGCUGCAGACACCGUACCCAACAGUGUGCGGGUGAUUUGGUCUAGCAGCCUGCUUGUCGACACCUCGGCACCGCCGGAAGGAGUUCCGCCCAACGAACUUGACCAUCCCAGUGAAGACCCGAUUCGAAAUUACACCAUCAGCAAAACCGGCAACUGGUUCCUUGCCGAUCGCUUUGCGAAGCGGUUCAAUGAGGCGUCGGUGGGUGCCAGUGACGGCCCGGCUUCAGAGAAGUGUGUCGUGAGCAUCACCGCGAACCCUGCAACCGUCCGCACGGGCAUCUAUGAUAAUGCACCCCGGAUCGCAAUCUGGUUGACCUUGCCCUUCUUCGCUACUGUGGACGAUGGAGCGCAUACCUUACUGUGGGCUGGCUGUAGUGGGGACAUCACGGCCCGUGACGGGGGCCGUUAUGUGAUUCCUUUUGGACAGUGGCAUCCGAAUCCGAGAGCGGAUUUAUUGGAGGCGAUGACCGACGAGGGUUAUGCAAAGGAAUUAGAAAAUUGGGCUGAGAAGGUGACGCAGGGGUUUCGGUGA